AUGCCCCGAGUCAGCGCCCCCCAUGCCAGCUUCAUCGCGAGCGCGGACCUUCCCAUCCUCCCGUUCCUCGCACCAAGAGUCUUCGCUGAGUCUCUCAUCUCGAGAAGGAGUCAAUCGCAACAUGGAAAGAGCGGUCGGGCACAAGAAGAGGAGGAGAAGACGGCGGCAUACGACAAGAAUAUCAUCGAAUCAAUACCACACAGAUUCGAAGUUCGCGAUAGUCGUUGGAGCUAUACGUUGAACUCGUCCUUGGGACCACAACAUCAGGGUACUGCUGCAGGGCUGCCGCUGCUGGGAAAGACUCGUCCACAGUGUAGCUAUGGGACGAAUGGUACUCAAUCACAUCGUGUCCAGCAUAUCUACGCCGACAUCUCCUUCUUUGCUCGCCAGCACUUAAGACGUUUCUCCACAGCCGAGCCGUCCAAUCGACAGGUUGCGAGUGGCACCCGGUCAUCGCAGCGUCGACGUCGCGGAAUACGCCCUGCGCAUGCAUCGUCCGUUCUUACCCAAAAUGGUCCCAAACUAGCCGCGAAACGCGACAAGGCGCUCGCUUUGGAACGACAACGACUCUUCAACUAUGUAUCUCGACUGCCACCUGGCCUUGGAGUAACCGAUCUCAACAAGAAAGGACAAUACAGAUCGCUCUGCCGUCGCAUUUUCAAUUUAGAAUACUGGGAUGCUACACAGAUGGACCUGUCUGGACUUACUGGCAAUGCAACCAAACAAGCCGGGCUCAGCCGGGCCUUUGCGCUACUCGACCGCACCGUGUAUCCUUCCCUAGGACAGCACACGCGGAAAGUUGAAAUUAAGCAUGACCGUAAAUGUAUUCAGCUGAGUGCGAAGCUAUUUCCACCCACCAAGGCUAGAUGGACCCAGGUCCGGGCAAAUUGGUUAGAGCUGGAUGUUGAAACUAGGAAAACCUGGUUUGAAAGAUUGCUUCUGUAUCUGCUAGAUUGCAAGUCUGGCCGAGUACUACGAUUCAUAAAGGCCAUCACCAUGGACCCACUCUUGCGGGACUUGAGACCUGUAGCCAUUGCGGAUGCCCUAGGCCACCUCUCCAAGAUUCAUGGCAGAGGUAUCUAUCUCGCCAGUCAGAACUGGGGUAAAGAUGCAGAAGCAAACAAGCGAACGUUUGUGCCGGCCUUCGUUCAUAUCUUUCAAAAAGUACUGGCUGAGCAGCAGGAUGUUUGUUCACAGGACCUGCUCUACAACAUCGUCCAGUUGGCGAGUAUUCAAGAUCUCAAGAGAGUGUUCAAUUGCCUGGUUGAAGCUCGUACGCGACUCGGCUUUGACACGCUCCUCCAUUAUGCAAAUGCGUUUGGCGAGGCGGGCAAUUUUCAUUACGCCUUGAGGUGUCUCGAUGAGCUCAAAGCAAGGCAUACUGCUGUUGCGUGGCAGUCGGUGGUCGAUCGCGAAAGGCUUCGAUGGACCUGUGCACUCAUUUUGCGCAAGAGCAUGAAUAAGAGCAAGAACUAUCACGACACUCCUGGCAUCGUUGCCUCAUUCGUGAGCCUGGGUAUCAAAAUGGACACUCUCCUCUACAAUGUGGUCAUGCAUAAUGCCAUGGAGGCUUGUGAUUACGCUACCGCUUUUAAGGUGUACAACACUCUGGAAACCAACGGAAUGAAGCCGGAUAAGCAUACGUUCUCGAUCCUUCUUCAUGGAUGCUCUUCGCAAAGUAAUCCCGCCAUGUUCCAAAGCUUUGCUCAACACUGUGCCGAGGUAGCAAGGGAUAUCAAGGACCCUUGGCUAGCGUCGGACUACCUCUACUAUCUCUACAUACGCCAUCAGAACGAUCCAGACAUUGGUCAUACCUCGGCCUUACUAUGGAAGACGUACCUUGGCUUCUUUCACGGAACAUCUUUGGAGCAAUUCCUAAAUCAAAGAACAAGGGACACCAUGAACAAGAACGGAACUGCGCAAACGUCAGGACUGCUUGAACCUCCGCCCAUGGCAAUGUACAUCAUCCUACAGACGGAGAUCAAGUUGGCGCUGGCUGUAAGCACCCAACGAGUGCUGAACCUAUACCAGCGUUUCAAAUUGCUUGCCAGCAACCCAGAUUUCAAGGCACUGACACGAAAUCCGACUAUCUGGAAUGCGUUUCUCCUCGCCUUUUGCCAGAAACAGCAGUUUGCAAGCGCAUCCCAAGUCAUCAAGGACAUGACCGAAGGCUCACCUCAGCCCAACAUCUACAGCUGGAACAUCUUCAUGCAAGCCUUCUUCAAAACGGGACAGGUACAGGCUGCCGACCGUGUGUUUGAGAUUAUGCGGAGUCGGGGCGUCGAUCCAGACCAGUUCACGUAUGGGGUGUUACUACGAGGAUAUGCGAAGGCACAGCUUGUUGAGCGCAUAGGCGACACCAUGCAGCACGUCAAUACGGAGCAAGAGAUUGAUCCAGAUCUACUAAGGGCGCUAGCCAAGGUGGUCGAUCGGAGGAAGCUCAUGUACACGCUAGAAAAGAGCCGUGUUCAUAAGGAGAUAGCAGCACAAGAGAAGGCAAAUGAAGAUGCCGAAGUGGAGCGGCAGAGGUGGGAA